GCUAACUGUAGAGAGCAAGGACUUCGCCGUAAAAUGUGCCUAUUGGGCUUGCAGAGAGCCAGAAUUUUCCAUCAUUCAUUGUGGUACGGCGAGCUCUGCGUUUGUUUUAUUUGGACGACUUUGUGCGGGGUUUAAUCACAUAUCCUAAAGCAUGUGUAUUAUACUGGAUUUCGUUAUUGGUUAAUUAAUCUUUGACCACUCAAGCAUCACACUAACCAGAACGUGUUGUUCGGCGGUCGAGGAACGCGUCGAAAAGCGUGGAACAGUCCGGUUCGGAAAUGGAGCGACAUUUUUUGGUAAGUUACACAUUGAAUGUUUUACCUCUCCAUUAAAAGCAGAUUACUUUUGUUAUUUGCAUACAAUUUGCCAAAGAAAUCGAAAAUUCCUACUUAAUAUGCGGAAAGCUUCACGCGCUAAAAAGCGCAGUGUGAUUUUGCGGUGAAAAAUGCUCGUUGUUCGCGGAAGAAUGAAAGAUAGUUUUAAGUAACUUUUGCCGUUUGUUGUUGCUAAAUUGACUUCCAAAAUCAUUCCUUCUCAACUCACGCAAUCUGAGAUUUUGGAAGAAUAAUGUCAGGGUCAGAAGAGUGAGUAAUAUACAAGCUGUAUCGUUAACAUAGUUAACAACAUAUACACGAGAUUUAACAUUGUUGUUAUAAACUUUUCGUUCGACCUGUGUCGGAUAUCGGUCGGCCGGAAAAAAUAGUCAUAACAUAAAUAGAUUCUGUUACUUCCUUUGACUAAAACAGAAACACUCUUUUGUUGUUUGACGAAGAUCUUCACCGAGGUUAAACUAUUCCAUUCGACUGAAUCUAUUUUGAAAGAGAAAAAUUUCAUUAGUCAGCAGUUUUGAGAGAGGUUCUGAAUUCGAUUUCUCGGAGACGUUACAAAGCGCUUUGUGAAUCCAAAAUGAUCGCAUAUAAACCUGUUUUGAUGUCUUUGUUGUGGUAAAUCUUAUGCAGCAGUAAGACUUAAGGAAGUUUGUCAUCUUUUCGUGGUAAAUAUAAAGUAUUAGUGGCGUGCUGUGCCAUGUGAUACGUGAAGUUUCGAUGUACCCCGAAGCAACGCGAAAUAUCUCCAGUUGCUGUUGAAAUAGAUCGACCCUUGUCGAAAUGUUAUCGGUUAAAAUAGAUUAUUAUAAGGGCAAUGGAUGAUUCAUCAAUUUGUCUAAUGUUUUCCAUCAAAUAUCAUGGAUAGAUUUUGAAAUUAUAUGCAUGCUUCUUUAUUCGAGCGAUCGGGCGAAAGUUUUUUUCGAUAACUGAACAUAUAUAUCAUUCGUUUAUUUUUUUAAAUGGCCUCGAGAUCGUAAUAACAGCGAAUUACUUAAAAAUUAGGAUCAAGGUUAUCAGCUACGCUAAGAGAGAGGACAGACAAUAAAUCAGUCCUUUAGAAACUAAAAAUAUCUUCUAUCCAAAGUGAAUGAUGCAAGUGUCAUCUGGUGCAAUGCAUUUGGUUAAGUGCUGUCUUUACUGAAGAAAUAUCGCUUUUAUUUUCAUCCAUCGAAGGUUAGAGUUGUCCGAACUCUUCGCAAGUAAUUUCCUAUGGUUGCAUCAGAAAUCGUUUAACUAUUUGCUAAUGAUAUAACAAAAGAGGUAACUCGACAGUGACAAAACACUCAUUUCGCCCCGCUGUUUCUGUCGGUUGGAGAAGAAUACAAAAAUUGUUUACCUGUCCGGACGCAUUUGUGGUUAUUUUCAAUGACAACAUCUUCGAAGCCAUAUUUUUCUUUCGUAUGAAGCGCAAUCGCUCGAUCUGUAGCUAUGUAUUAUGCAGAUUAACUGUAGUUAUUUGAUAUAAUCUUAAAAACAUGCCUCCAGUUAGCAGACUUACAGAAUACGAAUAAUUUUCGAUAAUCUUUCUCAAGUUAUGAAAAAGAAAGUUCAAGAGGUGAAGUUUUCUCUGCCCGAGUGUAACAUUUCAGCGCUGAAAAUGAUACACGAAAUAGUUUAAUUUCGAGGGCUAUGUUUCGGUCGUUAUCAACAUCAGUUGCCCUCGACUGAUAGUCGGAAUGAUGUCUGAAUGAUGUCUGAAAAAAGAAAAGACAAUUUCGUUCCUUGCUUCCGGAUUUGUUUUCGAGGAAAACAAACGUACUUUUUUCCGCUAAUUCUAGUUAACCUUAGGUAAUGAUUUCGAUGGCAAGUGAAUUUUCUCUGAAUAGUUUAUAAGUGAUAUGAAAUUUCAGCGAGUCAAUCCAAUUUGGAGAUGUGUCGAUUCCACGUGAGUACAAUUCUCAUGAACUCUAAGAAGCAACCGUUAUUUCAUUUCUUUGGAGAUAAGGCGUUGAAACAGGUUGGAUGUAGAGCUCUUUUGAUUUCUUCUAAAUUUACACUCACAAAUGGAUACUAACGACAUUUUCUCCCAAUUUGUUUUCGAGAGUAAAAGUUUGUUUCCAUUUUGCGAAAACUUUGCCGUCGCGAAAAUAUCCUAAUUUCAUUUAUGGCGUCUGAUACAUUGUCUUAACCUUGCACUGACUGAAAUAGAUCGUAAAAUUCAGCGAAAACAAGCAGUCAUAAAGCGUAUUCUUAAACUUGGAAAAUGAUGAUUUGUCUGGAUAAAUUUUAGAACAGUUUACUAGUAACCGUCCUGUUUGUUCUCAUCAUAUUUAUGGUCUUGGCUUAAAGCAUAAUAUUCUGCUUGAUAUCCUGCCAUGUCCAAACAUCCCAAAUGGAUACCGGGAUAAGGUAAUUUGUUUUGCAGUGACAGUAUAUCGUUUAAAAUAUUGGAUGAAUUCAGAUGUUCUGAUCUUCGUUUCAGUCGAAAGAAAAGCGCAAACGACAGCUUGGAAAGACAAAUGACAUCAUAUAAGUUUCAAUGUAGUUAUUGUGCUUUUUCAGUGGUAAAAUCCCCCGUUUUAAUUUGUGGGUGAAGGUUUAGCCGCAACAUUAUACUUGAGGUUUCCAUUUGACGGUGACAGCACAUUUAUAAGGAAAUUUUGAAUUGUCAAAUUGGACUUAGAAUGACUAAAAUUUAAUUCCAAGAUAGGAACAUUUUGCAAUCAUCGUAUUGCAUCUAAACCCUAAAUAUAUUUAAUUUUAUAUAUUUCACGUUAUUCUUUAGGAUUCGGUGAAAGAAUAUUUCAAGUUUGUAGUUUUAAACUUUCAAUGAAUAUGCAAUCAUUCCAUGGUGUAUGAAUAUUACGAAACCUUUUUAGUUGUUAUUUGAAACUCCACGGCGAGGCAAUCAAACAAAGGUCUGAUAAUUCAUUCGCAGAAACGACUGGUAUAUUUAGACGCUCAUUCUUAAUCUUUACACCAUAUUUUUUUGGCAUGUACUUGAGCCAAUUACUACAUUUUUUAAAGAUUUAUUCAGCGGGCAACAUUUAGUGAAAGUUAUAAUUUCCAGCGAGCCCGAGCACAUCUUCUGAGUCGCGCGCUCAGAUUUGUUUAUUUGGGACCGAUUCGGAAACAUUUAUGAUCCAGCAUUGUUACAUCACUGUGGUUUUAAGUACAUAAGUAAACAUUGUGUCCCUGUUUUAAGGCUUUUAAGUGUUUGUUUUUAUUCGAAUUAGGCUAAAGUAAAUUAGUUUUGAUCAGGAGAAACUAGCACAGUUUAAAUCCUUUCUUUUCAAGUCCAGAAUUUUUAAGUUGUCGUCUGCUAAUGGUAAAGUUUUUGGGAAGAAAAUUAAAACCAAAAUUUGAAAAGUAGACAAAGGCAAGAUGACGAAUUGCGGUAAUUUUGCGUCGAGUUAUACAAAAAAAUGUGCAAAUGGUCUUUGAAAAUCACGGAGGCACUUCGAUGAUGAAUAAUCAUUUCAAUUGGAACUUUUGGCGCGCUAUGAAAAAAACCUCGCUCUUCGUGUCUCUGAACGGGUAGUUUUACACUUAAAUGAUCGACCGGUAGGAUAAAAUACUUGUGAAGACUAAAUUUAUUAAUUGUAGAAAUAAAGCCAUUCGCUUCUGCGCUAUCGUAUACUUUUUUCAGCCGCGUUGCCUCACUAAGACCAGAAUAUUUCAACAAUUAUAACUGUACUGGUAGAAAGCAAAUCGCUUCGUUAGUUCAUUUUUUCUUUAAGAUGGUUACGUUUUGCUAAAUUUAGCAUUGGGUUGCAGUUAUAAUUACAUAUUUUGAUAGAUUUUUACAAAUAAAAUUAGAUCCUAUGUCCAUCAUGAGUCAAACGAGAAAAAGGGCAUCAUGCCAGAUCUAUUCUCCGCCAUGAUUGUUCUUCGCAUCAAACGCACAUUUUUCGAUUACGUUCAUGCUUUUGAUCUGUCUUCUUUAGUCAAAACGGUCAGGCUUUCUUGUCGAGUUGUAAUUGAAAACGAAAUUUAAAUUUUUGUGCGUGUGUUUGCCUCAAUUUGAAGAAUUUAACUUAAAUACGCGGGUGUAGUUUUGUGUUCAGCUUGACAUAAGUGUGAAGUGAAUAGUGCACAAGCCUCCACAUGCCCACGCCUAUUGCAUAAUCAACUUGUUCUUGGUUGGGGCUAGCACUGCAUUCGAAAUUGAAAACAUGAGUCGCCGGCUGAAAGAAACUGGGCUUGAUCUUCACCUAAUUGCAGUAAGUAAAGAUUUUGAAGUUUUCGGACUCUUUCUCAGUAUAAUUUUGCUCUUCCAUAUUUCUUCGAUUUCGAUCUGCGAGAGUCUCUCUCGUCUCCAUGAAUGCACAAUUGAAACGUGUGCUCGUUAAUUCGAGAUUUGUUCGGCGAAGGACUCGCACAGUCUAAAGAGAGAUUGUUUCUUAUAUCACGAAACUGGAAAAACGAAGAAAUACAAAUUUCCCACAAGGAAGCGAACUAGAGAUCCUUUGUAUUUCGCGCUCUUCCAAUCUUUCACUGAGCUGUAGAAAACUGAGCUUAUUCGAUGUGAGGUAUAUAUAUGGCGUUCUUCCGAUACCCUAAAGCACAAAAUGGUGAACGUGACCUUCAGAUUGCACUGGGAUCGACAUCCUAAGAGAUUUGUCACAGCCUCUAUAGUUAUUUAAAGACGUACUUUUUAAUCUCAACUUUAUUCAUCUUCGUUAAACAUAGAAUUUUCUUUUAUUCAUUUGAAACGCUAGACGUGGGUGGUCGUGAGGCUAAUUCUUUUUAAUUCUCUUUAGUUUCUUAAAAGUAAUACAUCAAACAUUACAAGGAAAAGCGGAUUUAAGGGAACAAUAAUUGUUUGGGUGAAGCAACGAAAAAUGACUUCAGAUUUUAAUGAAUCAGCGGGGAGGGGAAUUUUUUUAUAUUUGCAUGCAGUACGGUAAUUGGCCUCUGCAACCACAUAAUCUCUGGUUUCGUACUAAGUUAAUUAGUUAGGUUAAAAUAUUGAAACAUUUUGAAAAAGUUUUCGUCAGUGAUUUCAAUUUUUAUCUCGAUCUUUUUUCACUCAAUAGAACUCGUCUGGAAUAUAUUCCGUGGCUAUAAAAUAAACCAAGUUCGUGUUUUUUAAUGGAAGGGCAACAAUUAGUAAAGUGCAUUUUUAUUCAAAGCUAAAUCGAAAUCGAUUGAGAACAACAACGAAAUCACAGCAAGACGAUAUUUUUCUCGUCAGUGAGGAAGAAAACAGAAAGAAAUCUUUGUCUCCCCUCGAGGAAUCGAACUUCAUACCGACGAGUUCCGCGAUCUGUUGCCUUACAGUGAAACUAAGCUGUAAACGAAAUCAACAUUUUUGUCGUUACAGACGAACCUUUCAUUAAGGGCAGUAUACACCAACUCGCCCAUUCAUACUUUAAAAGACUCCUUCGUGUUGUUAGGAUCAGCCAUCGAAAACAUUCUCCCAGUUAUGAGAUCAGUAGUGUAAUAAAUCGAAUAUAACAUUCAAUCAUUUGUCCAACAACAGGGUUUAGCUCUGACCACGUCUGAUCACGCAAUCACUACCACGUUAUCACACACCACCGUGCGAUCACGCGAUUACGUGCUUUUGGCUCGUAACCACUUAGAAAGAACAUGAACGCGAAGUCACUGCCGCUUUAUACAUCACUGUAUCCAUACCAAGGGAAUUGAAGACUGUCUUGAAAGCAAGGGUGUGGUGUGCCUUUGUAUCUCCUGCUUCGCGCUCGUCUCGCACGCUCGCUUCUUAUGCGCUCACUCCUCGUGCGUCCUCUUCUAGCGCGCUCAUUUGAAAUUUUUCCGAAAGUAAAAAUUUGCAAUGGCCGAUUUCAUCUGAAGUCGAUAUUUCGUUUCUUUCCAUAGAUUAUUUUUGCCCUUUCUGGUCUCUUGGUAUAUGCGUUAGACUGCCCUGACAAUAUGUACCAGAGCGGUUCGCUCUGUUGCAAGUACUGUCCGGUAGGAACAUAUAUGACAAAGACCUGCAACGUGAGCAAAGGAAAUUCUUUUUGUGAAUCAUGCCCGGUUAGUAUGUUUUAUUUGUUGUUGUUGUUAUUGAAAAACAUAUUGCAGAUAUUUUUAGCUUUGUCAAAUUUUAGCUGAUGUUAUUAUGCGUUGUCAAUCGUUUGCUACGAUCGGCGGCAAAAUUCUUAGAACUGUCCAAUCUUUUUGUUGUUGUUUCUAAUGCUGCUGUUGUUGUUGUUGUUGUUGUUGUUGUUGUUGUUUUUCCGGCGAAGUAGUGUUGAUGCACGCCUCUCCCUUCCCAGCCUCCAGACAAUUUUAAGUUGACUCUUGAAUUUUAUCCAAGUUACUUGGGGUUGCAUUUUGGCAUCGCUUUGUUGUUGAGGGAGAAUGGGGGGUGGGGGAAGGGGGGGGGGUCCCCAGGAUUGCUAUACACAUAGAGCCCGUCCUGGGAGGUUUUUUAUUCAUCUCCCUAAGUAUUCUCGUUAUAUUGUAGAUUUAUAAAUCAUACCAUAAUUGUUGGCGUCUCUAAGAUCAAUAACUCUUGUGUUGAAUUUCGUUGGCGCUCAAAUUGUUCACCAAAUUUCUGUGUUGGCUCAUGAGCAAUGAUUUACGCAUCAUGGGGUAAUGUGCGGAUGACUUCCGGUAAAUAUGCGAAUGACUUCCGGUCCAUCCUUUGUGUGAUAGAUACGUAAUGUCUGCCCCCGAGGGAAACGGCUGAUUUUUUGCAGAGGCUCUCAAGGUUUCCCGUGUCCUAGCUCCAAAAGCUACAUUUCACACACAAAAAAAGACAAAAACAAAAAAACCCAAAAAAUCAACCAGUUAUGGUAGAGUAAAAACUCUUUUUAGAGUUGUCUCCUCUCAACUUCAGCUUUCCGACGAAAUCGUCACAACACGUUGACUUAGUCUUAGUUCCCAGGAUAAUUUCGAAGAGGAUGUAUGGAACGAAGAAAGGACGUUUUGACUAUCCACUAGCGCGAUUUGAAGUAUUAAAUCGUUUGUUGUACAAACGCUGUUGCAUGAAACCGAAUCGUAGCUUGAUUAGCAGAGGGAUAAACAAGGUCAUUUUUUUUCUCGAUCAUUUUUCAGAGUGAAACGUUCAUGGAUAAGCAGAACAACAACAGCAAGUGUAAGCAGUGUCAGAAAUGCCCACCGUCCCAGACGGCCAUACGGCAUUGCAAGCCAAUUCACGAUAGGGAAUGUAGAUGCCCCCCCGGAACGUACCACGAUAAAGAAGUCUUGAUUUGCUUAGAAUGUCUGAAAUGUAACGUAGGCUACGGGGCGGUGUCACCCUGCACAAAUAUAAGUAACACGGAAUGUCAGCCCUGUCGGGAGGUACGUGUAACAAAACUCAAUAAUUUGUCCACAGUGAAACAGUUAUUUUGUUUCCCGAGGCGGAGAUGAACAUUUACCGGUAACAGUGCACUGUUACCCGCCUAUGCAACAGAUUUUGCGAUAUUUCCUGCUCAGAGAUUGCCCCUUGCGGUGAAUAAGGACUAAUCCUUGACCCUUCCACUCCCAAGAUCUCAUGAGUAAUUCUCCUUACUGUCUGUCAUACAAUUAUUAUGACGUUAGGUCGGAGAAUUUGAUAUUGGAUCAACUAGUAAUCCCCUAAUUGGUAUUUUUCUUUAUUCUCUUUAUUCUCAUCACUUUUAUGCUUGAUAUUGUAUUGAUAUUGUUGGGAGAAAUUCUCUCUCGAUCACUCAUGGAAGGUAGAGGGUUAAGCAUAUAACUUCCUGAUAUUUUUUUCCUCUUAUGCAACCAAGGGAACAUUUUCUGAUCGCGUCAGUCACGAACAGGAAUGUUUGAAUUGCUCACAGUGUGAUCCAGGCGCAGUGAUUAAGGAAGAAUGCACAGCAACAAGGGACACAAUCUGCCAGAGAGCGAACAAUUCACGGAUUUCUACUGUUUCCCAAGUUGUCACUUCGGGUAUGUUUUUACGUGUCACGAAAAUUACUAUGAAAAAUUGAAAUCAAUUUCAAUAUCUCAGCGACUGUGCACCUACCCGUCCCCUAACCCAACAGUAACCCUAACUUGUUUCCCUUUAACUGUUGUCGAGUUAAGGGGGGGGGGGCAGGUGCGCGUACUUUUUCGUUAUAUCAUCACUCUUGUUCGGACCUAGCUUGUUCACUGUCAUGAUAUCCAAUAACUGACCAAUAUCCAGCUAUCUUGACCUCACGUUGGGUCAGUAACGCAGAUAUAUACUUAAGCUUUAUUUUAAUCAUUUGCAGUCUCUCGAGCGCCUUCGGCACCAACCAAUGCUGGACGUUCAUUAAGCCCCGUAGAGAAAGUAACAUCUAACUCCAUAAGGUAUAUCAUUGGCAUCGUUGUCGCUGUAGUGCUCCUCGUUCUAAUUGUUGUGGCUUUUUACUGUUACUGGAGGAAACAAAAUCGGCAUGAAGGAAACCAGGCUCAUAACCCUCAAGGUAAGAAAAAAAAAUAUUUUUUUUGAGGUCAGAUCGUCAGGCUAAGCGAAGUCUCAUAAAGGAUUGCUAUUAGUAAACAUUAGGGCUCUUAUGCUAAACAGAACGGCGACAAUAACGAGAAAGUUGCGAAUCAAACGAUUUACUGAGGAGGAAAAUAGCACCCCACGUGUUUUUUAAAACACGUUAUAGAUUUCCUAAUUCUCAUCUGCCUAGCAACAAAGUGAAAACGACAAAUUUUGCGUGGUCCGCGAACGAGAAUCCUGACAGCAAAUAUUUUGCUUGUUUACCUGUUACUCAUUGACACCGAAACAUAUUAAAGAGGAGAUCGCUAUUUAAAACUGUUGGACGUGACGAUGUUGACAGAAUGCUAAUUUGAGUUCUGCUUCCUUAUUGACUGAGAGGAUGACGCAAGUUUUCUCGACCAAACGCUUUGCGAAACCACGAAGAAACAAUGCAAUCCCUUGUUUUCGUCUCUGUGGAAUAUAACUCUGAAUGAAUUUUAAUCCUAAGAAAAUGCCAUGAAAACUUGCAGCAACGCGUAGCUGGUGAAGUAUUCUAAAUGAUGGACAGUUAUUCAAUUCUGGCUCGAAGUUUACCGAUAGAAGCCGCCCACACACUCAUUUACGUGCACCACGCGAUCUCUGCUAAAUAAAUCACGUUUUCCAGAAUAGUUGACAGUCAACAACGUUGAAAACUGGACUAAAGCUAUAUUAGAAUGUCUUUCUUCUUUCCUCUGGCUGUUAUCCUGAGAGGGACUGAGAGACAGAAUCUUUAACAAAUUCGCUGUUGAUGUUGUAAUUGUUUUAGAAAUGGAGGAAGCGAAAUAUGACUUUGUGCCGCCGACUUCAUCGGAGACACCAGCUCACGCGCGAUCCUCGUACGGACUUCGAGGAAGGCGGACGGCCUGCUCCACGAGACCAAAUAGUCAUCAACGAGAUUCUGACUCUCAGGGCAGUAGUGGCUCGUUACAGGGCGUCAGCGUAGGCAACGGAAAAAGUAAGUAUGUCUUAAAUGGGAAAGAGUUUGUUCUGCAUUCAAAGUAAUCCUGAGGGAGUUAGAAGAGGCGCUCUUAGCCGCAUGACACUUUCGUGACAAUUCGUUCUCCGUGUGGUGUGACAUUUUUGAACGGGACGAUAUUUAGUUGAUUAUUUUCCAUAGUUCAAAUCUUUUUUUAUCAAAGGCUUGUUGCUAUUUAGCAUUUCCUGUAAUCCUAUUCGUGAUCGAAGUAAUUUCCAUACUUUGCAUUAGUUCUAACUGAAUAUUACAAUGUGUGAGAAACUUAAGAAUUGUUGAAGAACACCUGGGCAUGAGGUCAUGAGAAUUCUGAAACUUAUCGGGUAGAUUUUUCUAUCCCCAUCUUACACCAAAUUCUCAAAACUAAUAACAAGGAAAUCUGUUACAGCUAGAGGGAAGAAUUGACAAUAGGAUUUUGGGAGUUAAAGGAUUAAAACUUACCUUCACCACUAAACACUGCAAUUCUCUGAGGCGGGGCGAGGAAUAAAAACUGCUUCAUUGAGCAACAGCAAAAAUUGAAUUAUGCCCCGGCCACAACUCCACCGAUUACAAAAAAAUGACGAUCUCUUGGUGUUUAGUUUAAUGAGAAAACAUGAGAAACCAAGGUGAAGAUUAAAACUCCUUAACUUCGAACGUGUACCGCUGACCUGCGGAGUGGUGCCAACCUUCGGAUUUUCGAAGUGAAAGUCGUUUUUUUUAUUUGAACUCCACGCUAGAGACUGGACCUUUUGUCAUUUAUUGAUUUUUAACGGAAACGAACCUUAACCCUUCCAAGGCGAAGGCUAACCGUAGCAUGUCUCACCCCUCUCCCCCUGAAGUCUGCAAAUUACCUAAGCUAAUCUCAUAACUGUAUGGGCACCUGCGACCUCUCCUCAGACCUCCCGUAUCUACCAGCAAAAUGGUACUUUUUGUAAGUAUCAGAAUAUGAUAAUAAUAUUUUUGAUUUCUCUACCACAGGUAAAACGUUGGUUCGGGACCUUCCCGCUCAUGUUUUCAUCGAACUUGGAAAGUUUUUAAACCCCAAGUCAAGCAAAAACUGGGUGACACUUGCGGGAUACCUCGAGUUUACUACGAAUGAGAUAAAAAACUUUGAACUUGAGGUCAACGAGGCUACUCAAAACGUGCUUUAUCAAUGGGGACAAAAAGAUAGUUCCACCGUGGAUUUCCUUAUCAAUGUAUUGAAGAAAAUGAAGAGGGAUGACUGCGUGCAAGUUCUUAAGCAGUGGGAUAAUUGAUGAAGCAGAAGGAACUGUACGUGAAAGCGAGGAGAAAAGGCGUUUCUCUCAGGUAGUCGCCCGAAGGUGGAGCUCUCUACUAUCAAGAUGGAUUAAGCGGAAAACUUGAGUUGGACAAUGUUAAAUGGACGCAGAGUCUUGGAUCGUGAAUGAAAGGUUAUUAAGUCGUUUGUUUUGUUCGUGUUGUAAUUAAGGUAGGUGUUGUUGUUCCUUUUUUUUCCAUGAGCGGUUUCCGAUGGUGUAAAAGAUGUCUGUGCGCGAGAAGAAGUCACAAAGCGAAACUUUAACACGAGCGCCUCCCCGCCGACGCGGGUGGUAAAAUCUUUUAAGGCCGAUUUACGCCGUACGACUUUGUCGCGUGCAACAAGCCCACGACAGGCCUACGAAACGAAUUAUUUCGUCUAAAUCAAACCUGCAACUCGCUUACGACUGUCGCAUACGUCUCAAAAAUGUCGUAGGAUUUUAAAACAUGUUCUGAAAAACAUUUUUUAACCGCUGCGACAACCGUAGCCGAAAUCGAUGAAUAUGAAUUAUAUUGUGAAAAAUUUCUACUGAGUAGGGGGAGGAAAGUGAAGUUUUCUUGCAUCAUAAUCACGGACGAAGUUGCUGCUGUUCGUUAGUUGUCGAAUACAGAGCAAAAUUAGCUGUCGAAUACAAAGCGAAGAUAACUCUUUCAGAAGAGGAGGCAGAAAUUAAUUUCGCUCAGGAGUGAAGAAGAAUUCCUUUUCGAAAGCCGGCAAGUUUUUGUGAGAGGGAGAGGAAUUUUACGCGAUUUUGGCUUGUGCAGGUGCUAAUGGCCCCAAGGGAGUAUGCAGUGUUGCAAGCUUGUUGCAUGCAUCAUAGUUGCACCGUGUAAAUCGGCCGUUAUAAGUAGCAGUAGAGCACUGGUAACCGGCUUUUAUUUCGACCCAUUAUGAAAUUAAGGUCAUGUUUUAUUGGGAUCAAGGCUUUCAGUUUGGCUGAGUUGUUUGAAGGUUUUGGCCUUUUUCUUGUAGGCAUCAACCAAAAAGAAAGAAAGUUAAGAGAAAAAAUGUGGGAAAUAAAAAACACCAGUGGCAACCGCUGUCACAUUUGGUGCCUUAACACUUUAAACCCUAAGAGUGACUAGCAUCUAAUUUCUCCCCGCAAUAUCACUUACGGAUCAUGCAUUAAGGUCAUGAGAAUAUAGCAAAUGAUUACCAACUGGAGAAGCUCUUGAUUGUUAAACAGUUUCUCCUUGUCGGCACUUGAAGAAAUGUAUAGAGAACAGUAUGGAGAAUAUGCAUAAUGAUGUAAAGGUGCAAAGGGUUAACCCUUUCACUCCCCAGAUCUCAUUAGUAAUUCUCCUUUCUGUCUGCCAUACAAAUCUGUCUGCCAUACAAAUCUUAUGAUGUUAGUUUGGAUAAUUUGUUUUUGGAUCAACUGAUAAUCCCCUGAUUGAUAUUUCUCUUCCAUUCUUAUCGCUUGUCUGCUUGUUAUUGUAUUGAUAUUGUAAGGAGAAAUUCCUUCUUGGUCACUUAUGGGAGUUGAAGGAUUAAUUCGGCUGGUUUAUCGUCACAUCAGUUUCAGUCACCACAGCAUCUUAUUCUCAAAGUUGAGUCAGAAGAGCGCGACAUGACGAUCACGGUCGCCAUUUGUCCUCCUUCAACUCGUCAACGCGGAGAAGUCUGGUAAUGAGUGGAUUGCCUCGUUUCAAACAAAAAUGGUUGAUUAAGUGUUCUAACGCUUAUAUUUAGAAAAAAUUUGGUUUCAGUUAAAGCGUUUGAUUCCCAUGACACACGACCUUAUUGUAUGCAAGAGAAGGCCAAAGAGCGAAGGGGGUGGGGUGGGGGAAGACGUGAGGCAGAAAUAAGAGAAAAAAUGGCGCCUUACGAAGAGAUGAGACAAUUUUCAUUCACAUUGAGCAAGAUACCUGCUCAUCUUUUUCACGGGCCUUAGAUCUGCAGUUUGCUGAAUAAAAUGUCAUGGCAGUGAAAAGACUAGAACAUUAAUGAUGUAGGAUAGAUAUAUAUAUAUAGUAUUCAAAGUUGUUACGGUUCAGAAAUUUUUUCUUGAUCAAGCGUACGUUUCUCCUUGGUAAGGCGGCACAUCAAUUUAUUUGUCUAUCAAAAGAGUAAAUUUCUUCUUAGACUCUUUGUGUUUAAGAUGAAUGAAGCACAACAGGUUUUUAAUAAUGUUGGCACAGUUUUUUGACGUCACUACGGGACGUGAUAUUUCCUAAAUUUGUGUUUCAUGGAAUAUUUCGACAUUUGACGACAUUUGUUUCUUUACCAUUGGAUGUCGGAAAAUUAAGCCUAAGCUUUGCAUAUUGCGAAUUCGAAUUCGUUUAAUUGCGUUGAAGUUGUAUAGGGGACACUGACGUUCUGUCUAGGUGGUGAUUUGAUUUUGAAAUCAAACCAUAACAAUUUCGUUCUUAGGCUCUCUCUACUCAUUUGGUUGAGGUUCUGGGAACGAAAGUGUGACAGUGCCGGUGGGAAUUGACAAAUGCCUUUGUAAGGAAAACCGUAUGUUUGUUCAAGAAAAAUGCAGUUGUAUAUAAAAAGAAUUACAGUUUAUACUGUAGUUGGUAAUGUAGAUAUACAUACGCUGUAUGCAUGCGAUUCGCCUUCGAAAUAUCAUGUCAGUCACUUUAAAACACUAAAGUUCGUGUCUAUGCGAAAGGCUCUAAAAAACACGGAUCUAAGUAAAACAUGCAUGUGCGUCUCACUAACCGAGUUUGAGGUUUGUACUUGAGUUACGGACCAAGUUUUUUCUGUUCAGAUUUAUGGCCCAAUGCAAGGAAGAUCAAAGUGCGCGUGCUAUAAAUCCGAGGAAAAAACGAGUUUCUGUAACUUACAGGAAGGACCUGGAAAACGAGGUUUUAGUACGAUAUUUAUCAUAUCUCUGGGUUCAAACAUAGAGGAAAGAUUUCAAUUCAUGCAGACAUUUGAAUUUAGCGGGCCGUGUAGUGAAAAACGGCCUGCCUAAAUUGACCAAUCAUAACGCACGUACGAACAAAGUUAUAUGAUAAAAUAAUUUAUGCCAUGCUAUGCAAUUCGCGAUCGCCUAUCACAAAAUUGAACAGUGUAGGUCAAAAGAGUUUGAGAUAUAAAUGAUAAUGAAGACAACGUAGAGAUCAAGCAAGUUUUUUAAUACAGAACCAGUCAUUAGUUAUCGCCUGGGGGGGGGGGUAAAUGAUCACAUGGUUUUGAGGGAACAUGGGGAAUCAGUCGUCGCCGACAGAAUUUAAAGGGGGGGGACUAUAGAGAAUGUGGAACCAGUUAACUGACAUAGUAGAAAAAGGGGGGUAUGAUAAGAAUCUUACAGAGCCUUAGGGGGGAGAUCAAGUGAAUUUUAUAGGGACAGAACAAAAAUCUCCCCUCCUCCACUCCCAGGCCAUAAAUAAUGUCCGGUCAAUAAGAAUGUUCUAUUGAAAGUGGUAAGAAUUGAAAUUAAAAUGAAAAUAGGGACUAAUUAGGACAAAAAAUGAAACCAGUUUUAAGGUAAUGGAAAAGAGAGUCAUAGUUAUAGAUGUAAAGUUCCAAAGGACGUUUAUUUUUGU